AUGGCAGAUGAUGGAAUACUGGAUGAUCCUAAUUAUGUAGAAACAGACGAUGGAAUAUUGGAUGACCCCAAUUAUAUUAAUGAUGACGGAAUCCUCGAUGACCCUGAUUAUCAAAUUCAAACGUCACUGAACGAUGCCGAAGUUAUCGAUAACUCUGAAUAUGAUCAUUUUACAGAAGCUGAAAAGGAAGAACUUGGUAUCAUAGAUGAUCAAGGCAUUCUAGACGAUCCAGACUACGUUCAAAGCAUCAACACGGAUUCUGAUACUCAUCUUAUCAAUCACCAUGAUAGUAAUAUGACGGAAGAUGAUAAAAGGCAGUUUAAUAAAACAGAAAAUAAUAUUAUUGGUAAUGCAAUUACCACUAAUAUUAGUGAUCAUGAUUAUCCAAUUGUUAUUAAUACCGACCAAGUUGGCCAACUUUCGGAUAGUAUUUCAUGCAGCACAGAAAUCAUAGAUACUUCAAAUACUUCUAUCAGCUAUGACAGUCAUUCUUAUCAAAGUAAUCAAACUAAAGAGAUUGCUGAGCUAGGAAUUAUAGAUGAUGAUUACGAAAUUGCCAGUCCAAAUGAUGAAAAUACUACUUCAUCAAAACCAGAUAUUUUUGUCCAAGACCUGAACUAUAGUAACAAUGACGAUUUGGAUGCUGCCCCUGAAGCCAAUAAAAAUUUCGCAACUGUGACCAGUAUCGAAUGCAAUUCACGUAGUGAAGAUUUAAGUUCACAUAAGAAGCCAAAUGUUGAUAGUAACGACAGCAAAAGUGUUAAUCAGGUAAGCUUUCGUCCUAAGAUCAUAACUAGAAGAAUGAGUAAAGAGGAUAAAGCUAACACGGAAGGAAUUAGGAAGAAUACCCGAAAUAGCACAAGAAAAGCCGGUGAUGUCAAGGGCUGUAAUAUUUCUUUAACGGUUAAUGAUUCAAAGUUGGAUAAAUCAUUAAAUAGAAUAAGAUCCGAAACAAUAGUUAUUGAUAAGAGACACAAUCCGAAUGUAAGCAAUGACAGCAAAUACGACGAAACAACUCUAUCAGCUGAAAAUUCUUUGCCGUCAAAUACGACCAAACCCAAAAGACAAAGAAGUCACAGCGAUGUAGGUGAAAAUAUUAAUGAAGUUCUUGAAGAUAGUAUAGAAGAAAAGAGGAGAGAACGACGUAAUACUUUAAGUAGAUCGAAUAAUAUUUCGCCCCCAAGAAGCUUAAAGUUACAGAAAAGAUCACUUUUGCCUAGCAAGUUACCAGCAAUGAAAUCACCAACCGCGACAAGUCCGCCUUUUAAUAGUAAACCUUCCAUCAAAAAAUCUUCUAGUGCUGUUGCUUUGCAUAAUGAUAAAAAUUCGCAGCAAAAACAAUCUGCUACAUCUACUUCACCAAUAACUUCAGCAGCAUCUCCACGUGAUCGUCUGAAGCAUGCCGCAAGUGCAUCGCAACUACCUUCACGAGUCAUUAAGACGCGAGUUGACACUAGCGAUAAGAAACUAACUCCAACUAGCAAUCAAAAUCACGAGGAAAGUACUAAUAAAGAAAAUAAAAAUAUCAAAGCGAAAAAUUUAUCAUCGCGCCAUAGUGCUCAGGGACUUACCACUGGUAAUAAAGUAAGCCCUCGUAUUAGUAACACAAGUAAGUCCCUUAGCAAUUCUAGUCUACUUGGUGAAAAAUCAAAACGCCCUGCUAGUGCUAGUAGCUUAACGUUAGGGCGAUUUAGUAGGAGUACGACCAAUCUUAGCAUUAAAAGUAAUGCAAGUAAAGAAAGAGAAGACCUAGAAAAAGAGUUAUUAAAGGCUAAAGCACAAGUAACAGACGCAAAAAUGGAAGCGUCACAAGCAAUUGAGGAAGCUCAUUUCCUAGCUGCUAAAGCGGUCGAAGAAAUUAAGUUGGAAACAGAUAACCAGAUUAAACAAGCCAAACAACAGGCUGAGCAAGAUUUACUUCAAUUGAAAUUCGACGCUGACAAAGAAAUAUUUCAAUUAACUCAUCUAUACAAAGAUCAAAAAAGAAGUAGUCAAACUUGGCAGAAAGUUGCACAUAAAAAGAAUAUAGCUAAUGAAGCAUUGGCCAUCGUCAUUCAAGUUUUACAGAAUAAGAUUGAUGCCCUGGAAAGAAAAGUUUAUAUAGAAAUUAAGGAUGGGGAAGAACACUUAUCUGAAAUUGAUAGAUUGAAAUUAAGACAACAGGAACAAAUUAAACGUUUGAAAGAAAGUAGAAUGAUAAUGUUGAAGGAUGUUAACGUUCAACAUGCUAAGAAAAUGGCAUCCCUAGAAGCUAAGCAUCAAAUCUCAAUGUCAGAACUAAAAAGAGCUCACAGUAAGGAAAUCGUAAGAAUGGAAUGUAAAACUAAUAAAUUGCAGAAAGAACACGAAGAACAAAUUCAACAUAUCCAGAAUGAAAACAAAGAGUCACGAUCAAUUCUAGAGGAUGAAAGCUUCAACCUUUGUAACGAAAUUGCGACGCUGAAGGAUAGAGUGCACGAGCUAGAAUGUACCUCUAGUAUUGAUCACGACCAACGAGUUCAGGAUGCUGUAGAAAAAUGUGAAAACAUGCCGAAAGAAUUAGAGAGCUUAAAAGCUGUUUUAGAGUUAAAAUUCCAAGAAAUAAAUCGACUUAAAACUGAAAAGCAAGAAAUCGCUAGUCAGCUGUUAUUGAACAAUCAAACGAAAAAGUAUAUAAAAAAUUUGGAGCUACGAAAUGAGGAACUGGAAGCGAUAGUCAAUGCAAAAAUACGAACAGAGAAGAAAAAUCUCUCAGCUAUAACUAUCUUACAAGAAGAACUGAACACCUUGAAGCGAGAAAGAAAUCAGCUUCGUUUGGAAAUCGAGCAAUUACGAUGGAAAACUAAAUCGGCUUGA